CAUCAUAUCAAAUCCAAUCCUUGAGGUCGACGGUUGAGGUCGUGUGUCGUCAGUUUUCCGGGUAUUUUUUUCUGUUUUUCGGGAGUGAGUGACAGCGAUUUUUCUUGCUGAAAAAAGGACUGAUAUUUGUGUGUUUGGAGGAAAAAGUGAUCAUUAGAAAAAACAAAUCGAGAUGGCGUUCAGUUAUAAGUUCGUCGGAGUUUUGUGUUUGGUGGCAGCUGUAGCCGCAUUGCCAGCAGAAGAAGCAUCGCGGAAUUCAAUUUCGGACGACUUGAUGGGCAGCAUCUACAAGGAUUGUAUGCAGUCAGAUCCAGUGAACUGUGUCAAGUAUAAGAUCUUCAGCUUCUUCGAUAAGGUUGUGGCCAAGCGUAGUGUAUUUUCGUUGGCUGAAGGUGUUGCUCUAGUGAAGACUCCUGAUGCAGAAUCCGAUGGAGCUCCUCGUGCCUUGUCCGGUGAUGAAUCUAUUGAACAGUUGAUCCUGUCACGACUUCAGAGCUUCCUGUCGACACACACAAUUAAAGUUGAUCUGAAGGGUUCGGAUAUCGUCAAUGCAGUUAGCUCAACUGGACGUGCCCUUGAGGAUGUUAGUGAAAACCUGUUGGAAGAUGGCGAAGGAGAAGCCGGAGAGGCUCGUGGCAAGAAGAAGAAGGCCGCCAAGAUUUUGGGCCCAUUGAUCAUGGCCGUUGCAUUGAAGGCUGCUGCUCUUCUGCCACUUGUUUUGGGAGCCAUUGCAUUGAUCGCUGGCAAGGCCUUGCUCAUCGGUAAGAUUGCCCUGGUUCUGUCGGCCAUCAUCGGAUUGAAGAAACUGCUGUCCCAAGAGAAGCACGUGACCUAUGAAGUCGUAGCCCACCCACACCACAGCACCAGUCACUCCUCCAGCCAUGGUGAUGCCUAUUCCGCUGGAUCGUACGAUUCUGCCAGCUAUAGCGGCGCUAGCUCAGGACAUGGAGGAUGGGGACGUUCGAUCAACGACGCUCAAGAUCUAGCAUACAAGGCUCAGAAACCCUAAAUCUAUCUUCUCCACCCCUCAGCGAAACCGGAACUCAAUGGAACCGAUAGUCGAUGCCUUAUUAGUUACAUGAUUUGAGCAACUGAUUUUAAAUGUACUCCUUAGAGGAGCCUACUCUUAAGGCCGAAGUACCGCCACAAUACUCAGAUCGAGCAAAGCGCAAGAUUUUGCCUUUAUUUAUUUAAUUUAUUACACACUUGAAACCUCGAACGAUGAUAAAUUAAAUUAUUUAAAGACCAUUCAAUGUUUUUGUUAAAUGCAAACGAGCGUGAGAUAUAGAAAUAAUGUAAUUUAUUUAGCAAAAUGAAAAAAACGUAUAAAAAAAUCAUUUAAAAACAAUGAUACCAUUCAAAACAAUACACAUAUUGUGUAAAACAUCAGAAACCUCUAAACCGAUGGACAAGAUCAUUCAUACAUCAUAAAGAAAAUCUCUCUUCAUUUGAACAAUCUUCUCUUGAUCAAGCUAGGAGUUAAUCAUUUUUCUACUGUUUAAGGCCUAUUGUACUAUAUUGAUUCUAAGCUAUCCAAGAAAACACAAGAACUGUCUCCAUUUAUACUAAAAAAAACUUUCCCACAAACACCAAAAGCUUGAUAAAUCUGCCUUCUGUUCCUGUAGACAUUAAAAACUCACGAAGAAAUAGCAUCCAAUUAGUAAAACUAAUCGAAAGUAAACUCGACAUCACACUUCUUUUCUUAUGUAAUACUUUCACCUACGUAGAACAUGUCUUCAUCAUUUUAAUUCAACAUUCAAGAAUCCGCUUCUCAUGCCAGAAAUCAAAGUUCAACGAACUUUUCCUGAACUAUCGGGCGCCCACUGCCCUUGAAAACUGUUCCUAUGAUAUAAUUUCCAGUUCUUCCUUCAACUUUCGAUUCUGCUCUUUCCUGUCUUCUAUCCAACUUUCACCUUCUACGGGAAAAAGUUCUGUUCGACUUUGGAAAACCGGUUUCUGGACGCGAUUCUACCGCACCUUCAGCUACAUGCUGUUCUUCAUCCAUAAAUUCUGACGAAUGAAAAGAAAAGCAUUUGAAAAAUAAAAAAACCUGUUUGUUGUGAGAAAAAUUAAA